AUGCCGCCCCUGGACGGUAGCAAAGCUGCCAUGCACGUCGAUGCCCGUACCGUGCUUGAUGAUAUACAACGCACAGGGCAGCUCAUAGAGGAGCUCCGCCGGUUGAAGAAGUACGGUGGAAGUCGCAUGGAGCUGCAACGACUCAAGGAUGAGAUCAGUAGGCUAAGGACCACCCAGUUAAGCCUCUUUGAAGCCAACAAAAUCAAUGCCGCUCCCUGUGUGCGGUCUGAACCUCCCCCAGCAUCAACUCGUAGUGAUGGUCUGAUGGUGACUCCACGAUCGCACACUGGCCAACGCCUCGAAGAGUCAAGAAGACCUUCAUUGAAGGUUUUAAAGUCACUUGCUACACAUUGCUCAGGUCAAAGGGCAACGGAACAGCGAAUCAGCCAAGCCACCCCGAGACACAGCACGCAAUAUAGAUCCUCCGCGCCUUCAACGGACAAGCAAGAACGAUCGUCCGGCACCGAUAGAGAGGAGUACAGAAAAUACUGCUCUGUCGCCUUUGCUGUUGUUUUGGCCGAGGCUCACACGCGACGCGAGAUUAUUCAUAAAUGCGAGAAACGGCGGAUGAAGCUCAUGGGACUUUUUAGAGAGGGACGAAUUCUAAUCUCAUCUUCACAGCCCAGUGCAAUCCAGACCCACGAAGAUAACGAUAUACCCCGCUUCGCCUCAAAAAGUGAAGCAAAGGAAACAACCAUUUCUCCCCCAUACGGCACACUAAACCACCACUCAUAUUCCAUACCAGAUAAUGUCAUUGCGUCCCGCCACCAACUGCGUUACACUUGCAGCGAAGAAAGGAGAGGUAGGGGAGAUAACUUUGAUCACGGAAACGGGGGUGAACCCUCGCGCCAAGCAGAAGAGGCUGAUAUUGAGGCUAAGACGGAGACUAAACGUAAGGCUCAGGAGGAGGCUGAAGCCAAACGUAAGGCUCAGGAGGAGGCCGAGGCUAGGCGUGAGGCUGAGGAGGAGGCCGAGGCUAAACGUAAGGCUCAGGAGGAGGCCGAGGCUAGGCGUGAGGCUGAGGCGGAGGCCGAGGCUAAACGUAAGGCUCAGGAGGAGGCCGAGGCUAAGCGUAAGGCUGCGGAGGAGGCCGAGGCUAAACGUAGGGCUGAGGAGGAGGCCGAGGCUAAACGUA